CCCAAGCAAAGUGUGGAGGAGGUGCUGGAAUUCUCGGCGCCCGCUCCUUUCCCAAAUCCGCGUGGCAACUACUUGCCACAAGGCAAAGGGCGGCCCGUUCGCGAGAAGCCGCGGCAUCCCAGCAAGGCCGACACGCCACUCACCCUCGAGGAGGCUAUGGCCCUCUUCACUGAUGACAAGACCACGGUCAUGGUCCGGAAUGUUCCCAACCGCUACAGCUGUGAAGAGUUCCUCUGCGAGGUGAUAUCGGAAGGCUUCGAGGGCAGAUUCAACUUCUUCUACCUGCCCAUCGACUUCAACACCAAGCGAAAUCGCGGCUACUGUUUCCUGAACUUCCUCUCGGCCGCCUCGGCCCGGGAGUUCGCGAAGGUUUUCCACGGUCAGAAGCUGAAGC